UCCUCGCACGUUGCCAUGGCAACGGCAGACGCAACGAAUACUAGCUCUUUGCGGUUAGCUUGUUAGCUGAUAUCAGUCUGUUAACUAAAAAACAGCAACAGAGAAAUAUGUCGGAGGUUGGAUCUGAGGAAUUUGAAGACGAGCAAAUCUUUCAUGGAGAGUAUGAAGGUGAGCGGAAUGAGGCAGGAGAGAGGCAUGGUGCUGGGAGAGCAGUGCUGCCCAAUGGAGACAUCUACCAGGGGAUGUAUGAACACGGCACCAGAUCUGGACAGGGAACCUACAGAUUUAAGAAUGGCUCUCGAUACAUAGGGGAGUAUUACAGGAACAUGAAACAUGGACAAGGGGUUUUCUAUUACCCCGAUGGUUCCAAGUAUGAUGGCUCAUGGGUCGAAGACAAGCGUCAGGGUCAUGGGGUUUACACAUACCGUAAUGGAGAUGUCUAUGAUGGGGAGUGGCUUCAGCAUCAAAGACAUGGGCAAGGUGUGUACACAUACCAUGAUACAGGUUCUAAAUAUGUUGGCACAUGGGUUAUGGGUAAGAUGGAGUCAGUGGGAGAGUUCAUCCAUCUAAACCACAGAUACCAAGGCAACUUUCAAAACAAUCAUCCCUCAGGUCCAGGGAAGUAUGUAUUUGACUUUGGAUGUGAGCAGCAUGGGGAGUAUUUGCGGAUAGAUCAGGAUAAAGGAAAUGCAGAAGAGGAGGAACUUGUCACUACCACUACCCUGAAAUGGAAGCCCAAAGCUUUGACAGGCUUAUCAUCUUGUGUCUCUGAUACACCAUGUCUAAAAGAUAGCAUCUCUUCAGAAUAGGACCAGUCUGAGGAGAAAAAGACUUGCCCCAGGAAGAGCAGAACAUGAGGCAGAGCCCAAGUUAGAAGUAUUGUCUGAGCUAUGGUCUUAUACAUAUGAAUACAAUAAAAAAAAAUUGAUCAGAUUUGAGAAUUCAAACAUAUUGGAGUGUAGUGGUGAUCGAAUACAUUACAAAUUAUACAUUAUACAUUAACUGAUUAUUACUAUUAGUUGUUUCUUUAUUCAAAAAUAUCUACAUGGGUUUCCAUUGGUUCACUGGUUUCCUCCCACUUCCAAAAGACAUGACAAUAGGGAGAAAGGCUGCCCAAGGUGUAAAACCGUGUGCUGCCCUACAAUAGACUGUUGUGUCUUUCAGGAUGUUUUCCCAUCUUCCUGUGAUUUGUCCUCGUUCACUGUGAUCCUGAACAUGAAGUGCAUACUGAAGAUGAAUGACUGAAUAUUGUCAAUUGUAGAUCACAUAUAGGGUUACAAAAUAAACAAAUGAAAUGAA